AUAUUUGGUCCACGGACCUUGAGUUUAACACAUGCUGUAGAGUGAUGAAUUAGAGCCUUCAACAGAGCGCAACUAAGUACUGAAAUUAGUUGGACUGAACAAUUAAAGCCAGGUUUCUCUAAGAUUUUAUAUAAAUCUCACUGUGUGUGAUCCGUACAGAAGCAAAUAGAAAAAACUCCUCUGAUGAAAUUGUCCUUUCCUGUAAAUAAGGCAACGUUGCAGGGAAAUCUCUUUAUCAUAGGAACAAAGCAAAGUUCCACCACAUGACAGUGUGACUGUGAAUCAGCGUGUGUGUGCGUGUGUGUGUGUGUGUGUGUGUGUGGGCCUGGUCGGAUGCAGGACUGUAAGAGCAGAGAAGAGCAGUCUCUUCCUUCCUGCAUGCUGUAGUUCUAGUUGACUUCAGAUGCACACGGAGGCUCAGAGGGCUGAGUUUGACUGAGGAUAAUGGAAGACAAGAUGGAGAGUUAAUAAAAGAGAAAAACACAGCAGAGCCGGAGCCCUCUUGACCCUGUGGGCCAAUAAAGGACAGAGAUUGGAGAGUUCUUUUUUUUUUUUCUCCUCCUUUUCUAAAAUGACCUGCAGUCCAAUCUGAAGCUGAUUGCAGAAAUGAGUCGGAACGGCUGUUUGGAGCCUCGAGUUGAUUUAUGAGAGGGGAGCAGCAUGUUUGCCUUCGUGGGCAGGAGGAGAAAGCGUUGUGGGAAAUGCUGAGAUGGAGAAGGACAAGAGAAAGUUCAGCCUUUUUAACCUACUCACUCUGGACCUGUCCAAAAAGAUCAAGGCAUUGACUGGCAGCCCCAGAUCAGCAGCUGCAGCCGGCAACAACUCUGACUCUUUACCUGAACUGAGAAAGCCUUGGACGGACGAUGGAGACAUCAAGGAGAUCAACAUCACCCAUGUGGUUAAAGAAGGAUCAGAGAAGGCCGACGCUUCGCAGUUUGAGCUGCUCAAAGUUUUGGGACAAGGAUCUUUCGGGAAGGUUUUCCUGGUGCGGAAGGUGACCGCCCCGGAUGCUAACCAACUGUACGCCAUGAAGGUACUGAAGAAGGCCACUCUCAAAGUGAGAGACCGUGUGAGGACCAAGAUGGAGAGGGACAUUCUGGCAGAUGUCAAUCAUCCGUUUGUUGUCAAGCUGCACUAUGCAUUCCAAACUGAAGGGAAAUUGUACUUGAUCCUGGAUUUCCUCAGAGGAGGAGAUCUCUUCACCAGACUCUCCAAAGAAGUGAUGUUCACAGAGGAGGAUGUGAAGUUCUAUCUGGCAGAGCUGGCCUUAGGUCUGGAUCACCUUCACAGCCUUGGCAUCAUUUACAGAGACCUGAAACCUGAAAACAUUCUCCUUGAUGAAGAGGGUCACAUCAAACUCACAGAUUUCGGUCUGUGUAAAGAAGCCAUUGACCAUGAGAAGAAGGCCUACUCCUUCUGUGGCACUGUGGAGUACAUGGCACCGGAAGUUGUAAAUAGACAGGGACAUAUCCACAGCGCAGACUGGUGGUCAUUUGGAGUACUAAUGUUUGAGAUGCUAACAGGAGCGCUGCCAUUUCAAGGGAAGGACCGCAAAGAAACCAUGAACCUUAUUUUGAAGGCUCGUCUGGGAAUGCCUCAGUUCCUGAGUGCUGAGGCACAGUCUCUGCUCCGGGCUCUGUUUAAGAGGAACCCCACCAACAGACUGGGCUCUGGUGCUGACGGAGCAGAGGAAAUCAAACGCCACUGUUUCUUCUCCACCAUCGACUGGAAUAAACUCUUCAGGAGAGAAUUGAAGCCUCCGUUCAGACCUGCAGUGGCUCGUCCUGACGACACUUUCUACUUUGACUCUGAGUUCACCUCCCGCACUCCCAAAGACUCCCCCGGCGUGCCCCCCAGUGCUGGAGCUCACCAACUCUUCAGAGGCUUCAGCUUCAUCGCCUCCACUCUGCUGGAGGAGGAAGGCUUAGUGGAGCCUGUGCAGCCUCCGCCACAUCCUGUCGUCCAGCAGUUACACGGGAAGAACCUGCUCUUCAGUGAUGGCUACGUGUUGAAGGAAGACAUCGGCAUGGGCUCCUUCUCUGUCUGUAAACGCUGCAUCCACAAAGCCACCAACACAGAGUACGCCGUCAAGAUGAUUGACAAAACCAGUACAGACCCUUCAGAGGAGAUUGAGAUUCUGCUCAGAUAUGGACAGCAUCCUAACAUCAUCACACUGAAGGAUGUAUAUGACAACGGCAAGCAGGUCUUCAUGGUGACGGAGCUCAUGCGUGGAGGUGAGCUGCUGGACCGCAUCCUCAAACAGAAGUUCUUCUCAGAGCGAGAGGCCAGCGCUGUGCUCCACACCAUCACUAAGACCGUGGAGUAUCUGCAUUCACAGGGGGUGGUGCACAGAGACCUGAAGCCCAGCAACAUCCUCUACGUUGACGAGUCAGGGAAUCCAGAGUCCAUCAGGAUCUGUGAUUUUGGCUUUGCUAAGCAGCUGCGCGCUAACAAUGGCCUGCUGAUGACUCCGUGCUACACGGCUAACUUUGUGGCACCUGAGGUGUUGAAGCGGCAGGGCUAUGAUGAAGGAUGUGACAUCUGGAGUUUGGGAGUUUUACUCUACACCAUGCUGGCUGGUUUUACUCCUUUCGCCAAUGGACCCGAGGACACACCCAAUGAGAUCUUGAACAGGAUAGGCCACGGACACUUCAGCCUGACGGGAGGAAACUGGGACACGGUGUCAGAGGCUGCCAAAAACCUUGUAUCAAAGAUGCUCCAUGUGGAUCCACAUCAGAGACUGACGGCCAAACAGGUCCUCAAACAUCCAUGGAUCGUCCAGAGAGACAAACUUCCCAACAGUCAGCUGCCACAUCAGGACCCCAAACUGGUCAAGGGUGCCAUGGCAGCCACGUACUCUGCCCUGAAGAACUCCCAGCCCACCCCGGAGCUGAAGCCCAUCGAGAGCUCCUUCUUGGCUCAGAGGCGCGUUAAGAAGCUCCCCUCUACUUCUCUGUAGAGACUGAGGGGG